UUCUCUCUUUUCCGCUCUUUGGAAAGAGGACAGUAGAAGGUACUUUCAGUCUCUCAGUGCAGCAGAGGUUAUACACAGCGCAUCACAACCGAGAACGGUCACAGAAAACCUCAUUGGGAGCUUCUGGUCAGAAACCCAUCUCAAGAUCAUCAAGCUAGGGAGCUCUUCCAACCCAUCUGCAAAUGGGUUGCACACAGUCGAAGAUUGAGAACGAGGAAGCAGUCUCUAGAUGUAAGGACCGGAAGCAGUACAUGAAAGAUGCAGUCACCGCUCGGAAUGCCUUCGCAGCUGCUCACUCUGCUUUCACCAUGGGCCUCAAGAACACCGGAGCAGCACUUAGCGACUAUGGCCAGGGUGAAGUCCAGGACAUCCAUCGCCCUUCUCAGCCCACCCCCCAACCACCCAUUGACACCCUUCCUCCCCCGCCUCCUCCGCUACCCAACUUCUCCCCGAGUCCUCUCCAACGCGCAACUAGCAUGCCGGAGUUCCCCGUGACCAAGUCCCAUCUCAAGCCUGCGGAUACCAUCCGGGAAGAAGAUGGCGUUGACAAUGAAGAUGGUGAUGACAAUGGGGGUAUGGAACAUGACAAUGACAACGAUAGUGAACUCACAUUGCGCCGUAGCCGCCACCGCCGGAGCACUACUGGUGUUGGUGGUGGUGGUGGGAGGGCCACCGAAGCGGCGGAACCACCGCCCCCGCCUUCCCCACCUCGUACCCCGCCGAGUGAUCCUGUACCUCCGCCUUCUCCCCCGGAGUCGAAAGGCAUGACUUGGGAUUACUUCUUUAUGGUUGAAAACAUGCCUGGACCGUCCUUGAGCGAUGCCGAAGAGAUUAGACCUGGGAAGGAUGAGGGUGGUAGUGGAAUGUAUGAUGGGAGGUUUGAGAGAGUGGAGAAUGUUGGUGUUAAUGGGGGUGCUAGUGAUAUGGGUAAUGCAGUUGAGCCUCAGACGCCGGAGAAGGUGAUUGAGCCGGCCACUGCUAAGCCGGUGAAGAAGCCGAAGCAGGGUAGUCUUGGUCAUUCUCACACAGCGCCCCCCGAAGUUAAGAGAGUAGGGAGGGCUGUUCCGAGUGUCACCCUAUUGCAGAUUUUGACAGAGCUUGAUGAUCAUUUCCUUAAGGCUUCGGAGAGUGCUCAUGAGGUGUCCAAGAUGUUGGAGGCGAAUCGGUUGCAUUAUCACUCUAAUUUUGCAGAUAACCGAGGACACAUUGACCAUGCUGCAAGAGUGAUGCGUGUUAUCACAUGGAAUAGGUCUUUCAGAGGUUUACAUAAUCCUGAUGAUGAAAAGAAUGAUUUUGAUUCAGAAGAAUAUGAAACUCAUGCUACUGUCUUGGAUAAGUUGCUAGCAUGGGAGAAAAAACUAUAUGAUGAAGUUAAGGCAGGUGAACUUAUGAAGUUGGAGUAUCAGAGAAAGGUUGCUUUGCUGAAUAAACAAAAGAAGCGUGGUACUAGCACUGAAGCACUGGAGAGAACCAAAGCAGCUGUUAGUCACUUGCAUACAAGAUACAUAGUUGACAUGCAGUCUAUGGAUUCAACGGUCUCAGAAAUAGACCAUUUGCGUGAUCACCAAUUGUACCCAAAACUUGUCAGCCUUGUGGAUGCUAUGGCCAAUAUGUGGGAAAGCAUGCAUGCACACCAUGACAGUCAGCUUAAGAUUGUUUCUGAUCUCAGAGCCCUUGACCUCUCCCAUGCUCCCAAGGAAACAAGUGAGCAUCACCAUGAACGUACUGUCCAGCUGUGCAGGGUUGUCCAAGAGUGGCAUUCCCAAUUUCAGAAGCUUGUGACUCAUCAGAAAGAGUAUAUACGGGCCCUCAACAACUGGUUAAAACUGAACCUCAUUCCUAUUGAGAGUAGCUUGAAGGAGAAAGUUUCUUCCCCACUAAGGGUCCAUCGACCUCCAAUCCAGAGUCUUCUGCAUGCCUGGCAUGACAAUCUGGAGAAGCUUCCAUAUGAGCUGGCCGGGACUGCAAUAUCCACAUUCGCUGCCGUCAUCAAAACCAUCAUAGUGCACCAGGAAGAUGAGAUGAAGCUGAAGGAGAAAUGGGAGGAGACUAACAAGGAAUACAUACGUAAGAAACAGGCGUUUGAGGAAUGGCACCAGAAGUAUAUGCAGCGCAGGACUCAAUCUGAUGAAAUGGACCCAGAGAGAGCUGAAGAUGCAAAUCACAAGGAUCCUGUCACUGAGAAGCAGUUUGUUGUCGAGACUCUGAGGAAGAGGUUGGAGGAAGAGAUAGAAGCCCACCAGAAACUCUGCAGGCAGGUGAGGGAGAAAUCAGCAGGAAGUUUGAAGAUGCACUUGCCUGAGCUCUUCCGAGCCAUGUCAGACUUUGCUUUUGCAUGUUCUGACAUGUAUAACCGAUUGCGGUCCAUCCCACAAAUUCCAGAUGCACCCGAGAACCCCUCAUAACAUUGGAGUAGCCUAUAGUGUGUGCUUUGUAUUUAUUCUGCUAUAACUUCGAUGUAUUUUCCUCGGCACCAACUUAUUUUAUUUCCUCUUUCCCUCUUGCGUCAGAGUUGCUACAUGUUUACCAUUCAUUCCAUUUGCUUUUCUCCAUGAGUUUAUAGGACAGCUAUGGCGCUCAUGUACAUCCAGAGGACAAUUGCAAUCUACUGGAUUGACACCAAAGAAGCUUUGAUAGGAUUACAUUGUCCCUGGAAGUAUGUAUUCUUAAGUUGAGUUCUAAAUGUAAUGUAUAGAUAGUUGAAAGUCAUUUGUGAAUGCUGUCUUCUGUCAUGAGUCCCGGAGAUUGCUAUAUGCAGCAGGCUUGAGUGGUGCUAGCUUUCAUAAAGCAGAUGCCCAUGUCUCCAUGA